CCUCGUGCGCGUAGUGUACACCUUUUUACAGAUGCCUCUCUCCAUUCUACCAGCCUCACUACAACCAGGAACUGACUUAAUGUCAAAGAUUGUAGCGCGUAAUCCUAAAGUUAUAAACAUCAUUACAAAAGCCUUGAACAACUCACAAGCUGAGUACAAUGCGGCAGAAAGCGAGUGGAACGAUGGAACGCGAGCAGACUUGGCUUUAGAACCACAAAGCCAAAAUAUUUCAUCAAUAAUUAUUGAAUUUCAGCAUAGAGUAGAUGACUUAUUUCUUAAAAGGGUAGUCAGCUACUGUCUUGAAGCAUACGAAAGAUACUGCAAAGAACCCAUUUUACUAAUAGUAUGCAUUGAAACUUUGUCUGAUGGUGUUUAUGAUGAAACAACAAAGCCGUGUUUCAGGUUGUUUAAUUUACUCUCCAAGAGUUUGGACUUCACAGUGUUUUAUUUUGUGCCAGGCAAGUCUCAGCAACUGUAGCAUUGAUGUAACUUUAGAGCCAUUUGUUGCAUUUGGGCUGUUCCUGACUCAACAAGCC